GUGACAUCAGAUUGUUAGAUAGCCACAAAACUUCGAGAUUCCGAGUACGUUCAGUCAGAAACAGAUUUUCAAAAAGUUUUUGUCACUCUAUAUAUUUAUAACAUAUCUGUAGCAGAAACAUACCUGCCUAAUACAGUGUUUACACAAUGCAUAAAUAUGUUGCAAUUUAAUAAAAUAUAUAUAUAGAAUUAUCUGAUCUUUAUAAGUGCAGUGUGCAAGUGUAUUAUAUAGUUUUUCGAAAAUAAUUAGAAAACUUUGUUUUGUGUACUGAUUUACCAUGGAUUUGCCGGAUAUGGAGGAUAUUCAUGUAUCUGACAGACUUUUGGCCGUGCCAGAUGGCGCCAAAAAGAAACAAGACGAAGAAGAAGACGACAUCAUAUCCAAAGCGAUAGGAGAAUUCGGCAAAUGGCAGCUGAUGCACACGUUUCUUCUUUCCCUCUUCAAUAUGCCGUGCACGUUUCACAUUUUCGCGCCCACUUUCCACGUGGGCGAAAAGAGGAACGCAUGGUGCGCGCGCCCCGAGACUUUUCGAAGUGCUAGUGUUAGUGAAUGGAUGAACUGCACCGGGCAGAACGAGACCAAUUUUUGUACUAUGUAUGACGUCACGGGGUAUAAUAUAACCACGUUGUGUAGUGCGAAUGUUAGCGAGCUAGGUGUGAUGAAGUGUACUGACUGGGAGUUCGCAGGUCAAGGUAGAAGCAUAAUCGCGGAUUUUAAUUUGGUCUGCGACAGAGGCGGUUUGCAAAAUUUCGGAGAAAUGAUGUUUCUCGCAGGAGUCGCAAUCGGUGGCCUGGUCAGCGGGAUCGUUUCCGACAAAUAUGGAAGAAAAAGGACUUUGAUGACUUCCGUGACAUUACAGACAAUCUUAGGUAUCUUAAUCGCUUUUAGUCCUUGGUUCCUUUCCUACGUCAUCCUCAGAGCUCUCUUGGGUUUCAUAUCCGUGUCAGUCGUUUUCAGUGGCUUCGUGCUAUCCAUCGAACUUGUCGGCGGUAAAUGGAGGACUGUGACAGGCAUUUCUUACCUUUUCCCCGUAUCUAUAAGCUACGUAACAAUAUCGGGGAUCGGUUGGUUGUUGAGAGACUGGAGGCAUUUUCAAUUGGCUAUAUCUUUACCAGGACUUCUAUAUAUUAUACUAUGGUGGGUACUUCCAGAAUCGCCAAGAUGGCUUCUCGCCCGAGGAAGAACCAAGGAAGUCUUGAUUAUUUGCGAGAAAGCCGCGAAGUUCAAUAACAAACAACUGUUUCCUAAUCUCGAUAAGCAACUCCAACCGGAAACAAAUGCUGGUCCUAUAGAAGAUGUUUCGGUAUUCGACCUCUUCAGGACUCCACUAAUGAGAAAGAAAACAUUCUGUCAAUUCAUAAUAUGGUUCAGUGUGUACUUGGUGUAUUAUGGUUUAGUUCUUAAUCUUGGGAAUAUUGGCGGAAAUUUGUAUGUCAACUCCGCCCUGCAAGGCGUAGUCGAAAUCCCAGCCAUAGCCAUCAGCAUCUACUUCCUCCUUAAAAAAGGUAGAAGAUUUCCUGCCUCCUUUUCCAUGAUCAUAUCCGGCAUAGCUUGCGUUCUCACCCUACCAAUCUAUUUCAUCAACGCUGAUCUGCAGUGGGUCAUGACAUCUUUAACUAUGAUCAGCAAAUUCUGUAUCAGUUCAUCUAACGUAAUCAUGCCGGUCUUCGCAGCUGAACUGUACCCCACCACCAUCAGAAACAUAGGAGUUGGUGCUGCCAACGUGACGGCUGGAAUCGCUUUGAUGUUGGUGCCCUAUCUUUGGCUGCUGGCUGAAUAUCAUCCGAGUUUGCCAAUGACAGCUCUCGCGCUCUGCGGGAUACUCGGUGGACUUUGCGUCCUCUUACUUCCAGAAACCAAGGGCGUACCUCUAAUCAGCACCAUCAGAGAAGAACAGCAAAACAGAAAAAUGUCUAUGUCUGAAGUACGACCCAAGAAAAAAAUAAACAAUAACUGUUCGGGAUAGCGUUUAUUUCAUGAGGAACGAUACGAAUACUCUCUAGUAUAAAUGGUGGUGUAUUGUGGCCCCGAAGCAGAACUCUGAGGCACAACUACCCGAAAUAUAUAUGUAGUGAUCGCUGUUUAAAGCUUUCAGUGUUGUAAAUAAGGCGUUUUGUACUUAAAAUUUAUUUAUACAGAUAAUAUGUAAAUUAUAAAUAGUUAUUAGUUGAUUCAGAAAAAAAAACGUUAAGUACUUGAUUGAUAAAAUAAAACGGCUAAUCGUGAAAAGAUUAGAAGGUAGGUUGAUAAAAAAAUUUAAGUCCUACGGUUAGUAUAUCGGAAAGGUUAGUCCUCUCACAUGUUUAUAUACAAUGUGUUUCAAAAAGUUUGGAAAACUUUUACUGUCAAUUUCUCAAAAACGUUAUAUGGAACACAUAUAUUGCAAUUAAAUAAUUCCAAAAAUAUCUGGUUGACCCUUAUUUUCGAAAAAUGACAAAUUGAUUUAAAAAGUUGUUCAAGAACCGAAAGUUAUUUUCAAAUACAAAAUCACAGCUUUCUAUUUCAAACUUGUUAUUUUUCCAUAGAUUUGACCACGAUUAAAAUAGUUUUUCACACUUGAAGUAUUCAAAGUAUGUGUAAUUGAAAAAAAGGACUGUAUUUUAUAUAAAUGACGUUCCGUUCUUUAAUAGAAUCAUUAGAACUGUACAAGAACAAAUAGAUUAAGAAAACAUUUUUAUUUAUGAUUACCUACCAACAAAAAUGUAAUAAAACUAAGAAAAAAAGAACAAAGAAAAAUGUAUGUAAAUAAAAAUAUCC